GUAUGAGAAGCGCAUAGAAGGGGGUCAUUAUUCAAAUACCAAACAAUGUAAUUCAACAACAACUUAACUUUCACUUUUAAAUAUAAUAAAAAUAUCUAUUUUUUUUGUUUAAAAGUUAAUUUAAAAAUGUAAUAAGUCAUUACAUAGAAUGGUAAAUACUGUUUAGAUAAAUGAAUGUUUUAGCUACUUCUCUGUAUGGCGUAUGAGCUAUUGAAUUAUUUAAAAACGUUUGGCGACGCCUUCAACUUUUGACACGCAGCCCCAGACGGCCAGCCCUUGACCCCUAAACCCUAUCCCUCGGUAAAUAGCUGUGCUUCUAGACCAAUAGACCACUAGACCAGCGCGAACUUCUCCACCUGAUUAAUUAAAGAAUAACAACAGUCGACUCUCACUCUCUUUCGCACUGGGAACAGUUGGUUGGACACGUUGUCGGUGUUUUUUUUUGGGAAGCGGCUCAGUCCAGCCGGCGAUGCCUUAGUGGCAGCUCCUCCAGAUCGUAGCAAAACACCACGCCAAGAUGCCCUAUAACCUCUGGCUGCGACGGCGCCUCCAGCUGCUGGCCUCGCUGCUCUUCUGCGGCCUCCUGGGCUAUCUGACCUCGGAGGCGGUGGCCAAGCCCACGUUAUCCUUCAGCUUGCCCCAAGGAUUGCAGGGGUUCCCGUCGUUUCAAUCCUUCACCCAGCAGAUCAUCGAGCAGCGCAGUGUGCGCCAGAUGAAGACGUACAGCGGAAAGCGAGUGAGCAACGACUCCCUCAUUAUGAUAUACUAUCACGAUCUGACCAUAGCCGUAACGGAGCUGGGACCCCAGAAGCUGCUACUCGGAUGCGAGCUGAUCGAAAUCUACAACGAUAAGGAGGGCAAGAUGCUGCUGGAGGGCCUCUCGCACUAUAAUCGCCCCCUGGAAAUUAAAUUCGACGAGAUGCUUAAGCUGAUGGAUCAGUGCGAGCAUGUGGACAAGCUGAGCUACGCCUCGCGUCACAAAUCCAAACUGGAGGGCAAUGAGCGUAGCAGUGGCGGCGGAGCUGGCGAUGCAUCCUCAACGGGCGGAGCCAACGAUGGAGUCGCCCUCAAGCUGGCCACCAAUAUCUUUCCGCGCAGUCCCUUCUCCCUGCUGAGUGGCAUUAUUCCAGGCACAAAAUGGUGUGGCACUGGCGAUAUCGCAGAGACAUACAGCGAUCUGGGUAGCGAAAUGGCCAUGGAUCGAUGCUGUCGCCAACACGAUCUGUGUCCCAUUAAGAUCCGAGCCUAUCAGCACAAAUACGAACUGAUGAACGAUUCGCUGUACACAAAGUCCCAUUGCAUCUGCGACGACAUGCUGUUCUCCUGCCUGAAGAUGACCAACACCUCGGCCUCGCAGCUGAUGGGCUCCAUCUACUUCAACCUGGUGCAGGUGCCCUGUCUGGACGGACGGAGCGAUCAGUACAAAUUCCGGGCGGCCAAGGAGGGAUUCUAAGCGGGGGAGAGACC